UCUUCGACGGCCAAAGGUCGUUUCUUCAGUAGAAAACAGUCUCGAAGAAGGGGUUGAGUUAUAAAACAACAUGUCAGCAUACAGAGUUCUUGUUGGUUGUAAAAGAGUCAUUGAUUAUGCAGUCAAGAUUCGCGUGAAGCCAGAUAAACUGGGUGUGGUAACAGAUGGAGUUAAACACAGUAUGAACCCCUUCGAUGAAAUUGCUAUUGAAGAGGCAAUAAGAUUGAAAGAAAAGAAAUUGGCCAGUGAAGUUAUAGCAUUCUCAUGUGGUCCCACUGCUUCUCAGGAAACAUUACGGACGGCCAUGGCAAUGGGAGCAGAUCGUGCUAUACAUGUAGAGAUAGAUGGUAAAGAAGCCGAGACUAUACAACCGAUACACGUAGCUAAACUUUUAUCAAAAGUAGCCCAGGAAGAAAAAAUAGACAUUAUUAUGCUUGGAAAACAGGCUAUAGAUGAUGAUUGUAAUCAAACAGCUCAGAUGACAGCAUCUUUAUUAAACUGGCCACAGGCAACAUUUGCUUCUAAGAUUGAGAAGGAUAAUGAUAGUUUCAAAGUGACAAGAGAAAUAGAUGGUGGUUUAGAGACUAUACAAGUUAAAUUACCAGUUGUCAUAUCAGCUGAUUUACGAUUAAAUGAACCACGCUAUGCAACUUUACCUAAUAUAAUGAAAGCAAAGAAAAAACCUCUAGCCAAGAAAAAACCUUCUGAUUAUGGAGUGGAGAUCAAAGCACAUCAACAAGUAUUAAAGGUAGAAGAUCCACCAGUUAGACAAGCUGGUCAAAAACUAGAAACUGUCGAAGAAUUAGUCGGAAAAUUAAAAGAGGGUGGAUUUGUGUAGUAUUAAUGUUUAAUAGAUUGUUAAUAUUAUAGUGGACAUUGAAUAAAGCAGUGGAUGAAUGAAAUGAAGAAAACUAAAUACAAACAGAUGUGUCUACAGAUUAUUUUGAACAUUUGAUAAAAUUGUUGAAAAACACUACAUGCACAAAGUUAUGUACACCAAUUGACAAGCUAAUUGUAAGACAAUUUUUGAAAGCAAGAUUUUAUUUAUUUUUCAUUUUGUUAAACGUUUUGAGAAUCAUUCCAAAUAUAUUUUGAAGUUGAUAUCUUGGAAUAAUAUAUUUUGAUUGAAUUAUUAAAUUGAAACUAUUCCAAAAUCUGUUUCCUGUAGAAGAUUUCUUUACCAGUAUUUAUUCAAUUUUUAAAGUGUACAUCUAUAUAUAAUUCAUUGAAGGUUGAAUUGGAAUGUUCUUUCAUCCAAGAAGUUUUUGAAUUUGGAUACACAUAAUUUACAAGAGUAAUUGUAUUUUUCAUUGUCCAGUAUCCGUAAUUGUAUAUAAUAGUGUGUUAACUAAAUGAAUUAAAAUCAGAUGAGAAACAACA